GAUACUCGAUCUGGAGAGAGAGGGAGACUGAAAGCGGAAGAAGUGUAAGAAAAUGAGAGGGUCAAUGGUGGUGAGGUUGGCUUUGAUCUUCACCAUUUUGUCGAUGGCUGCUUCCAUCGACGACAAAUGCACUGCUUGCAAUGCGGUCGCGGAGGAGCUUGAGCUGGGACUUUCCAACGAAAAACCCAGAAACCAUUUGGAUAUGAGACACCGUUUGGACUCAACCGGUCAACGGAGAGGAAGGGUAAUCGAUUACAGAGUCAGCGAGCUAAGAGCGGUUGAACUCCUCGAUGGACUUUGCGAUAAGAUGCAGGAAUACACUCUUCACAAGAAAGAGUGGGUCAAAGUGGAUAGCUGGGAUAACCUCACGAUAAGUAAACAAGAAGCUAAAGCAUAUUCAAAGGAUUUGUCGACCUAUUGUGGAAGAUUACUUGAGGAUACAGAAGACGAGUUGACUGAAUUGAUAAAGAAAGGGUCUGUUAGAGUAGGGGAUGUAAGCAAGGUCCUAUGUCAAGAUCUGAGUAAACACUGCAGCAGGGCAAGUGUAUCAAAUGGAUCAGAUGGAGAACUUUGAGUUAACCGAGUUUACAUACUUCACCAGCAAGCAGAGACGAUGAGCCAGUUAACUUUUACACAAUGUUUCGUCAGUUUAAGUUGGCUUUGUUUAUGAAGUGUUAUGCUUGAGAGACAUUUUGUUAUUCUGUAAUACCAGCAAAUUUUGCUUCUGAACUUAUGCCAUUAUGUACCAAUUUGUGUCAACUAAUACAAGACACCAAGUCAAUGCAUCUCUUAUACAACUGAA